AUUGGCAGGCUGGACGGAUAUUAUUUUGAGUACAAAUUCAAAUUUAAAACAAAAAAGGGAAGACAUAUAAGAAAUCGCGGUGGAAUAUGCUGGAAUUCCGGUGGAUUUUCUGCAUGGCAUAAGGUGGAUUUUCCAGCCUCAGGUCUGCUCUUGCAGGCAUUCAAACGAGGGACCCUUUUGGUUGAAUUUUGAACCCACUUUGGCAUUGCAUUGUUCUUGAGGUUUUGAUUGGUUUUUGAGGUUUGUGACUUGGGGAUUUUGUUAAUCUCAGGCUGGUUUUUGUACAAUUUGAGAGAUACCCAUCUCAGUUUUUGAGCCUUUCUUUCCCUUCUCUGCACCCAGAGCUUUCCUCAUAGAUUUGGAAGGGAAAGAAAGGCCAAUUUGUGGGGUGCCCAUUUUCAUAUCUGUGUGAAGUGAAUUGUAUGUAUCUUGAAUUCAAAAAUGAGUGCCGUUUCGGGGGUACUUUCGCGCCAAGUUUUGCCUGCUUGUGGUGGCCUUUGUUUCUUCUGCCCGGCAUUGCGGGCCAGGUCUAGACAGCCCGUCAAGAGGUACAAGAAGCUCAUAGCUGACAUUUUCCCUCGUAACCAGGAAGAAGGACCAAAUGAUCGGAAGAUUGGAAAAUUAUGUGAAUAUGCAGCCAAAAAUCCUUUGCGAAUUCCGAAGAUCACAAAUUUUCUUGAGCAAAGGUGUUACAAAGAAUUGCGGAAUGAGAAUUUUCGCUCCACAAAAAUUGUCAUGUGCAUCUACAAUAAAUUGCUGAUUUCUUGUAAGGAGCAAAUGCGUCUCUUUGCGAGUAGCUUACUCAGCAUUAUGCAUACUCUGCUGGAUCAAACACGACAAGAUGAAAUGCAAAUUAUAGGAUGUCAGACCCUUUUUAACUUUGUAAAUAAUCAGAAGGAUGGAACUUACAUGUUUAAUUUAGAAGGCUUUAUUCCAAAACUCUGUCAGAUAGCUCAAGAGCCAGGGGAAGAUGAAAGAGCAAACAAUCUAUGUUCGGCUGCGCUGCAAGCCCUUUCUUCAAUGGUUUGGUUUAUGGGUGAGCACUCUCAUAUAUCAGUUGAGUUCGAUAAUAUUGUUGCAGUAAUCUUGGAAAAUUAUGGAGGUCCUAAAUAUCCUUCAGAGAACCUUGAAAGUUCCAAGAGCCGGUGGGUGCAGGAGGUGCGAAAGAAUGAGGGUCAUGUUUCUCCUUCACCAGAUGUCAAAAUCAAUGUUCCUUCUUGGAGCUCCAUUGUGGAUGAAAAAGGCGAACUAAAUGUGAAAGUAGAAGAUGCCAAGAACCCCUGCUUUUGGUCAAGGGUUUGCCUGCAGAACAUGGCAAAGCUGGCCAAGGAGGCUACAACAAUAAGGCGUGUCCUGGAAUCUGUGUUCCGUUACUUCGAUAAUGGAAAUUUAUGGUCUCCUGAACAUGGUCUUGCCUUUCCAGUCCUAAAGGAUAUACAACUUUUGAUGGAUACUUCUGGGCAAAAUACUCAUGUUUUGCUCUCCAUUUUAAUCAAGCAUCUUGAUCACAAAAAUGUCCUUAAACAACCAAACAUGCAGCUCGACAUAGUGGAGGUUACCACCUCCCUUUCUCAACUUGCCAAAAUUGAGCCCUCUGUGGCAAUAAUUGGUGCAGUAAGUGAUGCCAUGAGGCAUUUGAGGAAGAGCAUACACUGCUCGCUUGAUGAUGCUAAUCUGGGAACAGAUGUAAUAAAAUGGAACAGAAGCUUUAGAGAAGAGGUGGAUAAGUGCCUUGUACAGUUAUCAUAUAAGGUUGGCGAACCAGGGCCAAUUCUUGAUGCUAUGGCUGUUAUGUUGGAAAAUAUCUCGACUAUUACAGUUAUAGCCAGAACUACAAUUUCUGCUGUUUAUCGUACUGCUCAAAUUGUAGCUUCCAUACCCAACUUGUCCUAUCAAAACAAGGCUUUUCCUGAGGCAUUGUUUCAUCAAUUACUCCCAGCUAUGGUCCAUCCAGACCAUGAAACACGUGUUGGAGCGCAUCGUGUCUUCUCUGUUGUUCUUGUGCCAUCUUCAGUUUGCCCUAGUCUAUCAUCAUCCAAUACUGAAUCAAAAAAGGCCUUGGAUUUUCCGAGGACACUCUCAAGAACUGUAUCUGUAUUUUCUUCUUCAGCUGCCCUUUUUGAGAAGCUAAGAAGAGAAAAAAUUUCUUCGCGGGAAAGUAUUUGUGAAGACAGUGAUGAAAAUGUUGUUAAUGAAGGGGAACAAAGAGACACCAAUAAUGGGAUUCUGAGCAGAUUGAAAUCAUCUUAUAGUCGGACAUAUAGCUUGAAAAUUUCGCCUGCACCUUCAACACCAAAUGAAAUUUCUAUGAGCAAUUCGAUCAAGGAACAUGAAGCCAAUUCCCUCAGGUUGAGCAGCCACCAGAUAACUCUCUUGCUUUUAUCAAUUUGGGCACAAUCCCUCUCUCCUGGGAACAUGCCCGAAAACUAUGAAGCAAUUGCUCAUACGCAUAGCCUCGUAUCACUUUUCUCACGGGCCAAGCAUUCCAGUGUCGAGGUUCUUGUUCAAAGUUUCCAGUUAGCAUUUUCCUUGCGGGACAUAUCUCUUACUGAAGGAGGGCCAUUGCCACCAUCGCGUCGCAGGUCCCUCUUUACCCUGGCAACAUCAAUGAUUCUCUUUCUAUCAAAAGCAUACAAUAUUCUUUCUCUUGUUCAUAGAGCCAAGGCAUCACUUAUGGAUAAAACGGUUGAUCCAUUCCUACAUUUGGUUGAAGAUCGCAAGUUGCAGGCUGUUAAGACUGGAUCUGACCAUCCCACAAUUGCUUAUGGAUCUAAAGAAGAUGAUAAUUUGGCCUUAAAAUCUCUAUCAGAAAUAGCGAUCACUGAAGAGCAAACAAGGGAAUUCUUUGCUUCUCAAAUUGUGAAGAGCUUGGACAAAUUGUCAGAUUCUGAACUGUCUACUAUAAGGGAGCAGCUGGUCAGUGAAUUCUUACCUGAUGAUGUGUGUCCACUGGGAGCCCAGUUGUUCAUGGAUGCGCCGCAAAAGUUAUAUCAGGUUGAUUUGAGCAAUAGUGAAGCUAUUAAGGAGGAUGCUCCAAUAUUUUCUUUGGAUGAUGAUUCUUUUCCAGGUUCAUUUGAUAGCCAAAAGAACAACUCUGUGAAUCUUCCUGAUCUUUUGAGUGUCAAUCAACUUAUGGAAUCAGUCCUGGAGACAGCACAAGAAGUUGGAAGGAUGUCAAUCUCAAAUGCACCUGAUGUGCCUUACAAGGAAAUGGCCGGCCACUGUGAGGCACUCCUGAUAGGAAAGCAGCAGAAGAUGUCCAGUUUGAUGAAUUUCCAACAGAACCAGGAAUAUUUGAUGAACCUAUCUUUACAAAAUCGUAACGAUGAUGUGAAAUGGAUGACGUCCGAUUUCCAAGCUGAUGCCGGUUCCCAUAAGAGCGGUAAUCCCUUUGCUGAUCAGACUGCCACUUCAUACAUACCACCCCAAACCCGAGGCUGUGUCCCAAUGAUGUGUGCAACUGAGUACCAGCAACAUCCCCACUCCUUCAGACUACCGGCAUCAAGUCCAUAUGAUAACUUCCUAAAAGCUGCAGGUUGCUGAUGAAAGGAAAUUUUUGGUAAUCCAGUGAAUUUAAAAUGCUCAAGGAUUACCGGCUUUAGGUAAAAAAAAUUUAUAGCUUUUCCUUCCUUUUUUAGGCUUUGUUACUUAAGGAAGAGAUUGUUGUCACCAAAGAUCCACCAAGUUUUUAACCCUUUUCGUUUCCAAUUCUUUCAUUCUUUUCAUUUUCCCAACAUUUAGUAGUUGACUGUACCAUUGGUCUUAUGAAGUUCUCGUAGCCUUGUAGACUUUCUCGUUACUGAUUCGAUCGGUUUUGAUAUAUAAAAUUUCAUUUAUUUGUUA